CAUUUCGAUGGAGUUCAGUCAGUCAUUGAGAGUUAUCUGUCGUCCGGAGAUACAGAUAUCAAUAUUAUCUGCAUGAAACAUAUCCGUCCAUCUUUGGUAUAUCAACCUAGACAGGGAGGGGGUCUACUCAUUAUUUGAAUCCACGUCGCUUUCUACAGUCAAUUUCACAAAAGGAAAAGAAGGAAUCCCUACAGGAUAUUCAUAUUCAUCAUGUCUUCAACCGAUCAGCUCACGCCCUUUGGCCGUCCCAUGUUGAAGCAUUUCCUCUUCGAUCCGAAGUACAAGAACCUUAACCAUGGCUCCUUCGGGACAUACCCCGUCCAGGUACGUGCGGCACUUCGGAAAUUCCAACAAGACGCCGAAGCUCGACCGGACGCCUUCAUCCGCUGGGAACAACCCAGAGCCCUGGACGAAGCUCGCGUAGCAGUAGCCAAGGUCCUGAAUGUGCCGACGAAUGAAUGUGUAUUCGUCAAGAAUGCCUCGACAGGUGUCAACACCGUGCUCCGCAACCUGGUCUUCAACGAAGGUGACGUGAUCGUCUACUUCGCAACUAUCUACGGAGCCAUGGAGAAGACGAUCAUCUCUAUAUCGGAGACGACGCCCGUUCGAGGUCUGAAGGUCGAGUAUCAAUUUCCAAUCAGUCAUGAUGAGCUCGUGAAGAGGUUUCGUGAUGUCGUGGUUGGGGCCAAGCAGAAAGGGCUUAAUGUCCGUCUGGCGGUGUUUGAUACUAUCGUUAGUAUGCCUGGUGUGAGGUUUCCGUUUGAGAAGCUCGUCGAGGCGUGUAGAGAGGAAGGUAUUCUCAGUCUCAUCGAUGGUGCCCAUGCAAUCGGACAGAUCCAGUUGAAUCUGGCUCAGCUGGAUCCGGAUUUCUUCGUUAGUAAUUGCCAUAAAUGGCUCUACACUCCCCGCGGCUGCGCCGUUCUCUACGUCCCCAUCCGCAACCAGCACCUCUUGCGCACCACACUCCCCACAUCCUGGGGUUUCAUUCCAAGACCAGAUUCCCUACCAACCGUCCGCUCCGUGCUCCCUAGCCCUGAAUCACCCAAGAGUCCAUUCGAACUCCUCUUCCAAUUCGUCGCUUCAACCGACGACUCUCCGUACCUAUGUACCCCAACCGCAAUCAAAUUCCGCCAGGAAGUCUGCGGCGGCGAAGAGCGCAUCUACAACUAUCUCGAACAACUCGCCAAUCAAGCUGGAGAUAUCGUCGCCGCCGCCCUUGGCACGGAGGUCUUGCAAGAGCCAGAUCUCCUACCAGGCCAGGUCAGUCAGAUCCGUCGCUGCGCGAUGGUUACGGUCCGACUACCUCUGGCUGUGGGCAAUAACAACAACAACAACGUUUCCAACAACAAAAGCUCACACACCACACUACUCAGUCCCACAGUCGUCCCUGACGUGAUUGACUGGAUGCAGAAAACCAUGGUUGAUAAAUACGGGACUUUUGUGCCCGUGUUCCAGCAUGGAAGUUGGCUGUGGACACGGCUCAGCGCGCAGAUAUAUUUGGAAAAGAGCGAUUUCGAAUGGCUGGCUGGUGUGCUGAAAGAACUCUGUGAGAAAGUUGCCAGGGGAGAGGUGAGCGGCGAAGAGAAGGCGAAGUUGUAGAGGUCGGAGAAUACAGAUUUAGUGACACUCAAGACUAGUUAAGUACUCUAGACAAUACUUAUAUCAAUGGAUGUUUUUUUUUUUUCGAGAAUA